AUGCACAGACAAAAUUCAUCGACAAGCGCAUACUCGGAGGAAGAGAUAGACAUAGAGAAAAUGGGCGGAGAGGGGGAAAAUGGGAUUAGAAAUGAAGAGAAGGACCAAGAACAGGAGCAGAAGCAGAAUCACUUGGACGAGUAUCUUGUCCAAUUCACCCAGAAUGACCCAACGAAUCCGAAAAACUGGAGCAGUGGUCUGAAAUGGUACACGACGGUGCUAAGUUCGGUGUUCAUUUUAAGCAGCACAAUAGCGUCGUCGCUGCCGUCGACAACCAUAGCGAAUAUGAUAGAGGAGUAUGACACAACGGAGACAAUAGCAAUAUGCACCAUCACCAUGUUUUUGCUAGGAUAUGUAUGUGGUCCACUGUUUUGGGCGCCACUGUCGGAGGUAUACGGACGCAAGCCCAUCUUUACGCUCACGCUCUUGUUGUAUACGCUGUUCAACGUCGGGUGCGCGCUCUCGCCAACCAUCACCGGCCUUCUCAUCUGCCGUUUGAUUGCUGGCAUAGGAGCAAGUUCACCGCUUACGAAUAGCGGCGGCGUCCUCACUGACAUAUGGGAGAUGGAUGCUAUCGCGAUACCGAUGGCGCUGUUCUCUCUCGUGCCCUUCCUGGGACCGGUACUGGGGCCGAUAAUUGGCAAUUUCAUGAUCAUAAGCGUGCCGUGGCAGGACAUAUAUUGGCUCAUGCUCGCCUUCGGCGGAGUAUGCUGGCUGCUGUGUGUGUUUACGCUGAAAGAGACAUACGAACCUGCGAUACUGCACAGACGCGCGGCACAGCUGCGAAAGAAGACAGGCGACUCGGGGUACUACACGGCGCAAGAGAAGACACAGCCAGCGAUGCGCACACUGCUCAAAACCAGCCUCACGAGACCUCUCCUUUUCCUCGUCACAGAGCCACUCGUCAUUUUCUCCUCUUUAUACGUCGCUGUGAUCUACACCAUCCUCUAUCUCUCCUUCGAGAUUGUGCCUUACGUAUUUCGCGGCGUGUUCGAAAUGCGGCAGGAGAUAGCGGGUCUUAUGUUCAUCCCUAUAGCCAUAGGAAUGUUCAUCAACCUGGCCAUCACCAUGGUGGGGGUGGGGGUAAUGAGGAGAAGGAGUGCAAACGUAGCAACCAAGAGUCUCCCCGAAGACCGACUGCUACCAGCCAUUUACCUCGGUGGGCCAUGUAUGGUAGUGUCUCUCUUCUGGCUGGGUUUUACGAGCAGGGCCGAUGUGCCGUGGGAGGUACCCGCGGCAUCGCUCAUCCUAUUCGGCGUGGCUAUCGUGAGCAUCUUCAACAGCUUCCUCAGCUAUCUUGCUGACGUGUAUGCGGUGUACGCGGCAAGCGCGCUGGCUAGCAACACUAUUGCGCGCAGCGUCAUCGCGAGCGUGUGCCCCCUCUUUGUGAGGCAAAUGUUCGACGCGAUGGGCAUCGAUUACGCCUGCUUGCUACUCGCUCUCGUCGCCCUCACCCUCUGCGCUGUGCCCGUGUGGUUCAGACUGCGUGCCGCGUCGCUGAGGGCGCGCUCGGCGUAUGCGCGCAGGGUGUAA